AUGAGUGGUCCAGACGCCGAGAUGGCUGCCUUUGGGGAGGCAGCUCCCUACCUCCGCAAGUCAGAAAAGGAGAGAAUCGAGGCCCAGAACAAGCCCUUCGAUGCCAAGUCAUCAGUGUUUGUGGUGCAUCCUAAAGAAUCCUUUGUGAAAGGAACAGUCCAGAGCAGAGAAGGAGGGAAAGUCACAGUCAAGACUGAAGGUGGAGAAACUCUGACCGUGAAGGAAGACCAAGUCUUCUCCAUGAACCCUCCCAAGUAUGACAAAAUCGAGGACAUGGCCAUGAUGACCCACCUCCAUGAGCCCGCUGUGCUGUAUAACCUCAAAGAGCGUUAUGCAGCCUGGAUGAUCUACACCUACUCGGGUCUCUUCUGUGUCACUGUCAACCCCUACAAGUGGCUGCCGGUGUACAACCCGGAGGUGGUGUUGGCCUACCGAGGCAAAAAGCGCCAGGAGGCCCCUCCGCACAUCUUCUCCAUCUCUGACAACGCCUAUCAGUUCAUGUUAACUGAUCGUGAGAAUCAGUCAAUCCUGAUCACCGGAGAAUCCGGGGCAGGCAAGACUGUGAACACCAAGCGUGUCAUCCAGUACUUUGCAACAAUUGCAGCGAGUGGGGAGAAGAAGAAAGAGGAACAGGCUGUUGCUGACAAAGCUGCCUACCUGAUGGGUCUAAACUCAGCUGACCUACUCAAAGCCCUGUGCUAUCCUCGAGUCAAGGUCGGGAAUGAAUUUGUGACCAAAGGUCAAACUGUGGAACAGGUGAACAAUUCAGUCGGUGCUCUCGCAAAAGCUGUCUAUGAGAAGAUGUUCUUGUGGAUGGUCRUUCGUAUCAACCAACAACUGGACACCAAGCAACCCAGACAGUACUUCAUUGGUGUGCUGGACAUUGCUGGCUUUGAAAUCUUUGAUUUCAACAGCUUUGAGCAGCUCUGCAUCAACUUCACCAAUGAGAAACUGCAACAGUUCUUCAACCACCACAUGUUUGUGCUGGAGCAAGAGGAGUACAAGAAGGAAGGCAUUGAAUGGGAGUUCAUUGACUUUGGGAUGGACCUGGCUGCCUGCAUUGAACUCAUUGAGAAGCCCAUGGGCAUCUUCUCCAUCCUGGAAGAGGAGUGCAUGUUCCCCAAGGCAACUGACACCUCUUUCAAGAACAARCUCUAUGACCAGCACCUGGGCAAGUCCAACAACUUCCAGAAGCCCAAGCCUGCCAAAGGCAAGGCUGAGGCCCACUUUUCCCUGGUGCACUACGCUGGCACAGUGGACUACAACAUCUCUGGCUGGCUUGAGAAGAACAAGGACCCCYUGAAYGAAACUGUCAUUGGGCUCUACCAGAAAUCAUCUGUGAAGACACUGGCCCUACUCUUUUCUGCCUAUGGUGGGGAAGCAGAUGCUGGUGGUGGAGGCAAGAAGGGUGGUAAGAAGAAGGGUUCUUCUUUCCAGACCGUCUCAGCUCUUUUCCGGGUGUUCUUCAAAGCCGGGCUGUUGGGGCUUCUAGAGGAGAUGAGAGAUGAUAAGUUGGCACAGCUCAUCACUCGCACACAGGCCAGAUGCAGGGGCUUCCUCAUGAGAGUGGAGUACAAGAGAAUGGUGGAGAGGAGGGAAUCCAUCUUCUGCAUCCAGUACAAUGUUCGCGCAUUCAUGAAUGUCAAGCAUUGGCCAUGGAUGAAGCUGUUCUUCAAGAUCAAGCCCUUGCUGAAGAGCGCAGAAUCAGARAAGGAGAUGGCCAAUAUGAAGGAAGAAUUUGAGAAAACCAAGGAAGAGCUUGCAAAGUCUGAAGCAAAGAGGAAGGAGCUGGAGGAGAAAAUGGUGGCUUUGCUGCAGGAAAAAAAUGACCUACAGCUACAAGUGCAGGCUGAAGCAGAUAGCUUGGCUGAUGCAGAGGAAAGAUGCGACCAGCUGAUCAAAAACAAAAUCCAACUGGAAGCCAAAAUUAAAGAGGUGACUGAGAGGGCAGAGGAUGAGGAAGAAAUCAAUGCUGAACUAACAGCAAAGAAGAGGAAGUUAGAGGAUGAAUGCUCAGAACUGAAGAAAGAUAUUGAUGACCUUGAGCUAACGCUGGCCAAAGUUGAGAAAGAAAAGCAUGCCACCGAAAACAAGGUCAAAAACCUCACUGAGGAGAUGGCAGUCCUGGAUGAAACCAUUGCCAAGCUCACAAAAGAGAAAAAGGCCCUCCAAGAGGCCCACCAGCAGACACUGGAUGACCUGCAGGUAGAAGAGGACAAAGUCAAUACUCUGACCAAAGCUAAAACCAAGCUGGAACAGCAAGUGGAUGACCUUGAAGGGUCCCUGGAGCAGGAGAAGAAACUGCGCAUGGAUCUUGAGAGAGCCAAGAGGAAACUCGAGGGUGACCUGAAGUUGUCCCAUGACAGCAUAAUGGACUUGGAAAAUGAUAAGCAGCAGCUGGAUGAGAAACUCAAGAAGAAAGACUUUGAAAUCAGCCAGAUCCAGAGCAAGAUCGAGGAUGARCAAGCCCUGGGCAUGCAAUUGCAGAAGAAGAUCAAGGAGUUGCAGGCGCGAAUUGAGGAACUGGAGGAGGAAAUUGAGGCCGAGCGGACCUCUCGCGCCAAAGCAGAGAAGCAUCGGGCUGACCUCUCCAGGGAGCUCGAGGAGAUCAGCGAGCGCCUGGAGGAAGCAGGGGGAGCUACGGCAGCCCAGAUCGAUAUGAACAAGAAGCGCGAGGCCGAAUUUCAGAAGAUGCGGCGCGACCUCGAAGAGGCCACUCUGCAGCAUGAAGCCACCGCUGCCGCCCUGCGCAAGAAGCAUGCGGACAGCACAGCCGAGCUCGGGGAGCAGAUAGACAACCUUCAGCGUGUSAAGCAGAAGCUGGAGAAGGAGAAGAGUGAGCUCAAGAUGGAGAUUGAUGACYUGGCCAGUAACAUGGAGUCUGUCUCCAAAGCCAAGGCAAAUCUAGAGAAAAUGUGCCGCACUCUAGAAGACCAGCUGAGUGAGAUUAAGACAAAGGAGGAGCAGAAUCAGCGCACRAUUAAUGAMCUCAAUACMCAMAGGGCUCGUUUGCWGACAGAAACAGGGGAAUAUUCACGCCAGGUGGAGGAAAAGGAUGCCUUGAUUUCUCAGCUGUCUAGAGGCAAGCAGGGCUUUACCCAACAGAUUGAGGAACUGAAGAGACAUCUAGAUGAAGAAGUAAAGGCCAAGAACGCCCUGGCUCAUGCUUUGCAAUCUGCCCGCCACGACUGUGACUUGCUGCGGGAGCAAUAUGAAGAGGAGCAGGAAGCCAAGGGCGAGCUGCAGCGCGCCCUGUCCAAGGCCAACAGUGAAGUGGCCCAGUGGAGGACCAAAUAUGAGACGGAUGCCAUUCAGCGCACGGAGGAACUGGAGGAGGCCAAGAAGAAGCUGGCACAGCGUCUGCAGGAUGCCGAGGAACAUGUUGAGGCUGUGAACUCCAAAUGUGCUUCUCUGGAAAAGACAAAGCAGCGGCUGCAGAAUGAAGUGGAGGACCUGAUGAUUGAUGUGGAAAGGUCGAACGCAGCUUGUGCAGCUCUGGACAAGAAGCAGAAGAAUUUCGACAAGAUCCUGUCAGAGUGGAAGCAGAAGUAUGAGGAAACACAGGCUGAGCUGGAAGCCUCCCAGAAGGAGGCUCGCUCUCUCAGCACAGAGCUGUUCAAGAUGAAGAAUGCCUAUGAGGAGUCCCUGGACCACCUGGAAACCCUGAAGCGGGAGAACAAGAACUUGCAGCAGGAGAUUUCUGACCUCACAGAGCAGAUUGCAGAAGGUGGAAAGGGCAUUCAUGAGCUGGAGAAAGCAAAGAAGCAGGCCGAACAGGAGAAAUCUGAGCUCCAGGCCUCUUUGGAGGAAGCUGAGGCCUCUCUUGAACAUGAAGAAGGGAAAAUCCUUCGCCUGCAACUGGAACUCAACCAGAUCAAGUCUGAGAUUGACCGGAAGAUAGCAGAAAAGGAUGAGGAAAUCGACCAGCUGAAGAGAAACCAUCUCCGAGUUGUGGAGUCCAUGCAGAGCACGCUGGAUKCUGAGAUCAGGAGCAGGAAUGAAGCCCUGAGGCUGAAGAAGAAGAUGGAGGGAGACCUGAAUGAAAUGGAGAUCCAGCUGAGCCAUGCCAACCGUCUGGCUGCAGAUGCACAAAAGAACCUGAGAAACACACAGGGAGUGCUGAAGGAUACCCAGAUCCACUUGGACGAUGCUGUCAGGACACAGGAGGACCUGAAGGAGCAGGUGGCCAUGGUGGAGCGCAGAGCCAACCUGUUGCAGGCUGAAGUUGAGGAGCUACGGGGAGCCUUGGAGCAGACAGAGCGGUCCAGAAAAGUGGCUGAGCAAGAGCUGCUGGAUGCAAGUGAGCGUGUGCAGCUCCUCCAUACCCAGAACACCAGCUUGAUCAACACCAAGAAGAAGCUGGAAACAGACAUCAUGCACAUUCAGGGAGAAAUGGAAGAUACAAUCCAGGAAGCCCGCAAUGCUGAAGAGAAGGCCAAGAAGGCCAUCACAGAUGCGGCCAUGAUGGCAGAAGAGCUGAAGAAGGAGCAGGACACGAGUGCCCACCUGGAGAGGAUGAAGAAGAACUUGGACCAGACAGUGAAGGACCUGCAGCACCGUCUGGAUGAGGCUGAGCAGCUGGCACUGAAAGGAGGCAAGAAGCAAAUCCAGAAGCUGGAGGCCAGGGUGCGCGAGCUGGAAGGGGAGGUUGAUUCUGAGCAGAAGCGCAGYGCUGAAGCCGUGAAGGGUGUGCGCAAAUACGAGAGGAGGGUGAAGGAGCUGACCUACCAGUCUGAGGAAGACCGGAAGAAUGUUCUCAGGCUCCAGGACCUGGUGGACAAGCUGCAAAUGAAAGUGAAAUCCUACAAGAGACAAGCUGAGGAAGCUGAGGAGCUGUCCAAUGUCAACCUCUCCAAAUUCCGCAAGAUCCAGCACGAGCUGGAGGAAGCCGAGGAGCGGGCUGACAUUGCAGAGUCGCAGGUCAACAAGCUGCGAGCCAAGAGCCGCGAGUUUCACAGCAAGAAGGUAGAAGAGGAAGAGUGAAGAUGCCAGCAGGCA